AGGCACCAUCACGCAGCAAGACCAUCGACUUCCGUGGAUUCCCGCGGAUCUCGAUCUCCAAGAAGAUACGACCCAUGGAGAAGAAGGGAGUCACGGGAGAGGGACUCAGAGAUUUGAGCUACGGUGAUGAAGUUGAGCAAAUCCGUGUCAGCCAUGCAUGACUUCGUCGAGCAGCAGAACCUGAAGGAGGAAAAAGCACGGAAGAAACGUGAGAUGAAGGACGCGGACGAACAGGAGGAGGCCGAGAGAUUAAAGCAAGAGGCGAAGGAAGCACGGGCGGCGGAGAAGGCCCGAAAAUGUGCCGAAGAACAGAAGAAAGCAGCGGAUGCAGAAAGGGAGAGACGUGCCCAGAUGAAGAAGGACGUAGACCUCUCGGUGACAAUCAGGAUUAGCGAGAUGGAGGACAGCAGGUUCCAGAGGCUGCACACCGCGCGAGGGCCGUCGAGUGUGAUGCCAUUACGGAAGACCCCCGGACGUCCACGCACUAUCAAAUCACCGGUGAAGACUCAGCUUUCAGAUCGGAAGACCCCGAAGACGCCAAAGAUGGUUAUGGCGGCCUCUCCAUUAAUACUGUUGUUUACUCCUGUUACCCGCGGUGCCCUGGAGCGUCUGCGACACAGGAAUAAGAUAAUCGACGAAUUAAAGACACUGGAUGCCGUUGAACUUCAGAAACUAUGCAAGAAGGAGGGUGUUCCUUACAACGGCAAGAUCGAGUCGAUACUCGAUAUCGCCGAUGUGAGGGCAAUGAUGAAAUUCGGCACGGCGACGCAGGAAAGUGCCGAGGUGAUUUGUGUGGAGGAAUCGGAGGACCUGGCGGAUGGCUUGGACCGAGGUGUUGGAUCCGACGAUGUGGUGGCUUGAGAGCCCUUGGAGACGCCGAAGCUGUGGAAGCUU